AUGCAAGUGAGCUCAGGAAAAAGGGCUCAAUAUACAUGUCAAUCUGACAUGUGUUCCGUCCAUUAUUAUCCCUUGUUCUUUUUUUUUGCUGUGCUCAACAACAAAUUGCUCCAUGAUUCUUAUAGUAUUCUUUAUUUUAUUUGCUCUGGAGCCGAGAUUUAUGACUUUUUUGGUAUUUAAUAGAUGAAAUCAGAGCCUUUUCUAAAUUUUUGAAGUUUUUUCGCGGUUAAUUAAAAUUAUUUUGUCUACUUCAACUGCGCACACAAGUUUGAAUUUCAUUUCAUUUUAUUUUAUUUCACACUCAUUUUCAAACACACAUAGAAAAUUGGCCAAAAAUACGAGAGGAGGAGCAAGCAAAAAAGGAGGCCAUUGCAAAAAUUCAAUCAAAACGCGGGACCGGCCAGUUGCUCUUCUUCUUCUUCUUCUUCUUCUUCUUCUUCUUCUUCUCGGUUUUCUAUUAUAAUCGAGUAAUGUUAGGUUUCGUCCGAGGACGAACGAGUAAAAAAUAGGGGCGAGGGUGAGAAAAAAGUUGUUGUUUGGGAGGCGGAGAUUUUUUAGCGUGGGUCAUCACUCCAAAAUAUUGAGCUUCAAAGAUUGUGGGAGGGCUAGAAUUUUUUUUUUAAUUUGAAAAUUUGAAAAAUAAGAUCAUUUUUUAAAGAUUCAGAAAAUUUACUGUUUCAAAAAUCUAUUUUAUUCCCAAAAAAUCUGAAAAUUUAUGAAGUUUUUGAAAGGUUUCCCUCGGAAUUCUGAGAUUUUUUUCUGGGAAAAUCAAGCUGUUUUUCUCUCUAUUUAAAAAAAUUCGGAAUCCCAUCUGAAAAUUAAUGACAUUAUAAUAAUUAAUCAAAUAAUAGUGCAAAAUCCAAGGCUCCCAAAGUGUUUACCCUUUUCAAAAAGUUCAUAUUUUCUUCUUUUGAGUGUCAAUUUCAGAAUUCUCACACUUUUCUUCCUUUCAUCCUUAAUAAAUAAAUUCCUAACUAAUACUCAUUUCUUCACACACACAUUUUUUAUUUCCGAAAUAUGCGAAAUAGAUAAAUUAUUCAAAAGUUUCGGUUUCUUAUUGUGUUCGUAUUUGCUCGUAACAAAAUUUGUGUCUGAAAAAAACAAUAGUGUUUUUACACCUGUAAAGAAUUCCAGAAAUUUUGGGAAAAAAAGAAGAAAGAAAAAAAGAUGAAAAUAGUUUAGUUGUGUCCAAGUCCAAUAUGAAAUCCGACACUUUUCAGUAAAAAUCUCAAAUUUCUCGCGACAUUUUUAAUUAGACCGCCCUCUUUCUCUCUCUCUCUCUCUCUUUCCCCACUUUUUUACCGGAAAAAUGUGUUUGUUUUUGGUAUCCACGCGAAAGAUUCAAGAUUUUUUUCUUCAUCUUCCUUUCCCCACAUAAUUUUUUUUAUUUUUCUUUGCUCAUUUUAAUUGGGACUCCUAUACAACUUGUAUAUUUUUUUCCCUCAUUUCUUAUUUAUUCAUUGAUAAUUAACUUCGUUUUCAUUUCAGGAGCAAGAAGAGGAGCAGGAGCAGUUCCACUUAUUUUCAGCCAACGCCGCAAAUAGAAAUAUUCGUGCCGAUGCGAGAAAAAUAUUGCUGAUGAGCUGCUGGAAAUAUGGUGAGUUCUGGGAUCUAGAAAUUUAUACAUUCUUGAAAAAGGGUAAACACUUUUGGAUUAUUCUAGAAUUUGAACUUGCAAUUAUUUUCACAAUCAGAUGGGGUUUCUAAUUUUUUUUCGAGAGAAACAAGUUCAGAAUUCCAAAAUCUACGUUUCAGAAAUGUCAUAAAUUAUUCUUCAAUUCAAAGAUUUUUGAUUCAUCCAUUGGUUGUUAAUCCGUUUUAUAAUCUUAACUCAAAAAUGAAUUUUUCAAAAAAAAAAAUUAUAGAUUUCAGAUUCUUGUUGAAAAUUAAUCUAAGAAAUUAAAAUUUUCUUAAAAAUAUCUGCUGUUUUGUUGAUGGCUAAUGUUGCAAAGCACAAAUUCUCACAUCAAUAUUUUUCUAAAGUGUGUUGAAGUUCCAAGAAUGUUUCAACUUCGAUGAUUAAUGUGAGAAACUUUGAAAUCCUUGUAGACAUUGAAUUCUAUCAUACAUAUUUUCAACCAAACUCAAAAAUUGCAGCAUUCAUCACAACAUUCAUACUAUGCACUUCGAUUUCAACUAUAACAACAUUGGAUGAUUUCGAACUUGACACUUCGGAAAAUCUUGUCGAAUGUCUUCAAUGUGUUCAAUUAUGGCGAUCAGCAACAACAUCAAAAGAUAAAAAAGAAUGUGUUCAUGGGGCAAAAACUUGUCGAGGAACUGCGUGUUAUAUGAGUGAGUUAAUUGAGAAUUUAAAAACUUUUUAGAAUCAUAAGAGUUUUUGGGGGUCUAAUAGAGUUCAAGGGACCCUCGUGAAAUAAGUUCAAACAUAUUUUAUUUUUAAAGUAUGUUAUUCAUUAGCUAAAUUUUGGUGAAAUAUUUUCAAAAAAUAAUCUCACAGCAAACUCCUUUUUUCUUUUUUUCACACCCUCAAUUUUUUUCAGGGCAAUGCAAACACUGUCCGGUUUAUCAAUACAUGUCGGGAUGCGUGAAUUUAACACCGUGGCAGUUAGCGGAUAUUGAGGUUUGAAAGAUCUAAAAUCAAUCUAGAAAUAAUCAUAUCAUCUUAACAAUCCCAAUUUUCAGUCAAAUCGUCGAUCAACAGAACUUCGAAUGCGUCGAGUUGGCGCAAUCCUUCUAUGCGAAGACACUUUCAAUCAAACCACUUGUGUUUGUAAUCGACGUGAUAAAUGCAAUUCGAUUCAUUCAAGAAUUCCCUUCUCCACUUAUGCCGAAGGACUUUUUAGAGGUGUUGUCAAUUUUGAUAGUGUUAUUGGAGCACUUGAUCCACGGUUUGUCUUUGAUUUUUGUGGUUAGAACUUACAAUCAAUGAGGAAUUUCAGAUACACCGAAGUGAUGACUGGCUAUAAAUAUCAUUUUUUCGAUAUGCACAGCUCUUCGAAUCGUGUUAACUUUUUGCCUUUUUUAUCUGCAUUUUCUAUCUCUUUUUGUAUUUUUUAUUGUUUGCGGGUUUAA